GGUCUCUGCAAUUCUUCAUAUCAACGUUGAGAGUCCUUAUACAUUACUUCUGAAGAGGUAUUUCAUCUUCCUCUGAAAUGGGUUCUCUGAUCGACCUAAAUCUUUAUCCUGAUUCUCCUGUGAUGGACACCACUGAUGUUGCCGGCGGUAACAUCCGGGAAGCCACUACUGCCUUAACCCUGAGUAUCCCAAAGCUCGAACCUAAAGAAGAACCUUUUGACGAGCCACCCCAGUCCCGUCAUUCUCAUACUAAUUCAUCAAACCCUAACCUUAAUUUCACUCUCAGCACACAGCCCGACACAUCGGAACCUGCUCAGCAACCCGUCUCAGAUGAAACCGAUGUUUAUUCCGAAUUCAACAGGAUUUCAGAGCUGUUCUUGACCGCCUUCUCCAAGAAGACCGAUAAAUACGACGACGCUGCUGCUCUCAUGGAUCCGAAUUCACAAGCAAUUGUGCCUGUCCCCGAAGAAAAUCAGCAUUCGGCCGUCUCGGAUUCCUCUCGUCGGAGGAAUCAACAGCGGUCAGCGGAAUUAGUUAGGGUUACAAACCUGGGAAUAGAAGACGAAAGGUAUUUCCGAGACGUGGUAAGGAAAACCAGGAUGAUUUAUGACUCUCUUAGGGUUUUCUGUGCUAUGGAGGACGAGAAGCGUAAGUCUCAUAUGUAUGGGCGUCUUCCCCGCGCACGGGGAGAUUUGAAGUCUGCUUCUGUGAUGAAAGAUCGUGGUCUUUGGUUGAAUCGCGAUAAAAGGAUUGUUGGGGCGAUUCCAGGGGUUUAUAUUGGUGAUGUUUUCUUUUUCCGAAUGGAGCUGUGUGUUGUGGGAAUGCAUGGUCUACCUCAGGCAGGGAUUGAUUACCUGACCUCCAGUCAGAGUGCAAAUGGAGAUCCAAUUGCUACCAGUAUAAUUGUUUCUGGUGGAUAUGAAGAUGAUCAAGAUGCUGGUGAUGUUAUUAUAUAUACAGGCCAUGGCGGGCAAGACAAGCACAGCAGGCAGGCUAACCAUCAGAAAUUGGAGGGUGGGAAUCUAGGCAUGGAGCGGAGUAUGCAUUAUGGUAUUGAGGUACGGGUUGUUCGUGGUCUUAAGUAUGAAGGCAGCCCAAGUGGCAAAGUGUAUGUUUAUGAUGGGCUGUAUAAAGUUGUUGAUUCUUGGCUUGAAGCUGGAAAAUCUGGUUUUGGUGUUAUUAAGUUUAAGCUUCUGAGGAUAGAAAAUCAACCUGAAAUGGGCAGUGCGAUCCUCAAAUAUGCCCAGAGUCUUAGGAAUGCACAAAUUGAGGUUAAACCAAAGGGAUAUAUCUGCCAGGAUAUGUCGAAGAAGAAGGAAAACAUCCCCGUGCUUGUAUUCAAUGACAUUGACAAUAAUCACGAGCCAAUGUUCUAUGAGUAUCUGGUGACAUCUGUUUUUCCUCCCUUUGUGUAUCACCUUGGGGGGAACAAUGGCGGAUGUAAUUGUGUGUCUGGAUGUUUGGACGAUUGUAUUUGUACUGCAAAGAAUGGUGGUGCAUUCGCGUAUGAUCACAACGGUUUACUUGUCCGAGGAAAACCAUUAAUAUUUGAAUGUGGACCACAUUGCAAUUGCCCUCCCAGUUGUCAGAAUCGUGUCAGCCAAAAGGGUAUUAGAAACAGGUUUGAAGUGUUCAGAUCAAGGGAAACUGGUUGGGGAGUUAGAUCUUUGGACUUGAUACCGGCUGGUUCUUUUAUUUGUGAAUACACCGGAGUUGUUCUCACAAGACAGCAAGCCCAACUUUUUACAAUGAAUGGUGAUAAUUUAGUCUAUCCAAACCGGUUUGGUGAGAGAUGGGCAGAAUGGGGGGAUUUAUCCCAAAUAUUCACCGACUAUGUACGCCCAUCAUAUCCGUCCAUACCUCCACUUGAUUUUGCAAUUGAUGUUUCAAGAAUGAGGAAUGUUGCUUGUUACAUGAGCCAUAGUUCGUGUCCAAAUGUUUUAGUUCAGCUGGUGCUGUAUGAUCAUUCCAAUUUUGCAUUCCCUCACCUUAUGCUGUUUGCUAUGGAGAACAUUCCUCCUAUGAGGGAACUGAGUCUUGAUUAUGGGGAGACCGAUGAAUGGACGGGGAAGCUGUCUAUUUGUAACUAAAUCAACUUCAAGUAGCUUUUGUGUACCUGAAUGCAGAUUCGGGGAUGCAUAUGCACCAAGGUAGGCACAAACCGAUCUUCUUGGCAACUAUUUUACAGCUCAGUGUCCGAAAGAGUGACAUCUUAUCUUUCCCUCCCAAGAAAGGUUUCACAAGUAGGAAGUGGUUAGCUUUACAUCCUGUGAUGCUGCUGUGGGUUCACCUUGCUGUUUCCAGUUGCAAGUUAAUUGAAAAUAUAUAACCAUUUCAUCAAGUUAAAACUAAAAAUGGAUAUAUAUAUAUAUAUAUAUAUAUAUAUAAAUAUAUAUAAGGGACUGAGAGGCAUAUCGAGGUUGAAGAUGGUCGUUUCAGUUCAGCUACAGUAUUACCAGGUAUGAAGCAGUUGAUAUCUGCAUUGACCAAGGUUCAUAUACUACCACGUCCACAUCUAGAUUUGAUCAUUUUGUUGUAGACUUUUGUAUUGCUUGGAUGACUAAUCUUACUUUGAGCCUUUUUAUUUUAUGUUAUAGCUGCCUUGUACAUAUUUAGUUCACAUUUCAUAGAUGUAUAGUGCAUGUUGAAAUGGUCAAA